UGAAACCCUGACUGAGGUAGAUUGGCAAGAGGCCGUAUUUCACCGGUUACGUGUGACCAUUUGACAACUAUCGCACUGUCUUCCCCGCUCUUCGUUUACUCUCUAUGCUCCCCUGUCGGUUGGAAGCGUCAACAGGGUGCGAGGCCAAACUCGUUCGACUGGAACCCCCAAAGGCUCCCUGGACAGCGGUCAGUCAUUGGCCGGAAUACUAGUUGACCAUUGGCUGGCUUUGGGUCAGUCUUGAACUGUUAGGCGGGACAGCCACCCACACACAAGUCUUCCCAACCCCACAGAAGGUGUGGUUAAGUGACAACCUCUUGGAUCAUUACCUAGUUUGUCAUCCAUGUGAAGAGAACCUCGGAUUCUUGUUCUUCAGAUAUCAUCGUUUGAUCAAUCUUUUUGUGUGUUUUGGAUUCACGAAGGAGUACACCUAUUUUGAGAUGUAGACGUCGUAUGGAUUGCACAUCAACUCGAUCUUACUGGCGAUCCAAUAUGACUGCACUAGAGGAUUCUAGUUUACAAGACAUUUACUGAAUUACACAGUCUUUAUCGCGUUAUCUUGUGGAAUACGUAAGGUUUUACAAAGAUGUCUUGGAGAACGAGGUUCCACGAUAAGUGGCCUUACUUGUCCCAGAUCUACGCCAGUAAUCCGUUUGGGAAUCCAGAAUGGGACGAUUUCCGACAGUCGAACACCAGCCUGGGAAGUCAGAAAGACUUUAUGACGUCAUUCCGUCAGGUGGGUGGCGACAGCGAACAGACCUACGGGGCUUACAGAUUCUACAUGCACGAUGAAUACAAAGGAGGAGGAGGAGAAGGAGGAGGAGUACAAUAUCGACAUCCGGGCUAUUUCGUGGAGGAAGAAACCGCCAGCUACACUACACACGAAAAGGAAUCCUCCCAGUCGUCACGGGUGAAAGUCUUCCUGUGGAGAAAUAUUCUUGGUGCUUUUGUCUUACUAUCCAUUCUUGUUGCCAUAGCUACUGUCAUCAUUUUAGCCAUUUUCUUAACACGAAGGUCGUCAAAUCUAGAAACAAGAUCAUUUUACACAAGCUUUCGAGUUCUCAACGAGAACUACAUUCCAUCGCAUUACGCCAAUACAAACAGCUCCGAGUUUACAGCCAAAGCUAGUCAGUUAUGCGGAGCGAUAGAUAACAUGUACCAGUCAUCCUCCGAGGCAGCCCUAUAUGGCGGAUGCACGAUAGUCCAUAUAAGCAAUGGGAGCAUUAUUGUACAUGCAGAAAUAAAGACUGUGGGCAGGCCACAAUGGACUAAUGACUCAGCUCUGAACGCAUUAACACGUUUGGAAGGUGUAUUUUCCAAUUUUGUAGAAAACAACGACUAUCUGAAAGAAUUCCAGUUAGACAGAAAUUACACCAUUGUGUUUGAAACGAAUCAGACUCCGUUCACAACAACUACGGUGCCUGUUACUUUGAGGAGCACGACAUCUCCGCCCGAGAAAUCCACGACCACAACAUCCAGGCAAAGUGUAACCACGAAACCGACAACCACAGAUAAAGAAACCACUAAUAGUGCUGGAACCACUUCUACAACCUCGAACACUACAACCACAGAUAGGGAAACCCCCACUAGUUCAACUGCUCGAACCACUUCUACAACCCCCAACCCUACAAUCACAGAUAAAGAAACCCCUACUAGUUCAACUGCUCGAACCACUUCAACAACCCCCAAACCUACAACCACGGAUAAGGAAACCACUACUAGUUCAACUGCUCGAACCACUUCUACAACCUCCAACCCUACAACCACAGAUAAGGAAACCACCACUAGUUCAACUGCUCGAACCGAGUCUACCACCCCAAACCCUAUAAUCACGGAUAAGGAAACCACUACUAGUUCAACUGCUCGAACCACUUCUACAACGCCCAAACCUACAACCACGGAUAAGGAAACCACUACUAGUUCAACUGCUCGAACCACUUCUACAACCCCCAACCCUACAACCACAGAUAAGGAAACCACUACUAGUUCAACUGCUCAAACCACCUCUACAACUUCUAACCCUACAACCACAAAUCGGGAAACCAGUGCUAGUUCAACUGCUCGAAGCACUUAUACGACGGCGUCUGUUGCUACAACAGCACAAAUUAAAACGACGGCCCAACUGACCAACGGAACGUCAUCAACACAGCCAAUAACGUCCACAUCACGCCCAGUGACGUCAACGUCACAGCCAGUGGCGUCAUCCACCCAGCUGAAGACGAUGACGUCUGUAUCAAGAUCAUCGACUGUCAAACCGGCUAUUUCCACGCCUCAACUGGCUACAUCGACGUUUUUCACACAAGACGCAAGCUCUUCCACGGCUAGGAGCCCGCCAUCAACAUUGUUUAGUCUUCUAACGAGUGACCAUAGCACGACGGCUGUCCAUCAAAUUACUUCAACGCCGGCCCAAAGUACAUCCACGCAAGCCCGUGUAACUACAACUUUUCCAAGUACGUUAUCUCUUACAAGAACGACAGCGACUCAAAUUACAACCAGACCUCCUCAAAGUACAACCACCACUGUUCAAAGUACUAGUCCUGCUAAAAGUACAACCACCCCUGCUCAAAGUACAACCACCUCUGUCCAAAGCACAACCACGACUGUUCAGAGCACAACCCACCCUGCUCAAGGAACAACUACCACUGUUCAAGAGAUAUCGGUGCCUGAUAAAAGAACACCAACAACAAGACCGAGUACAGCAGAGAGCAUUACAAGCCUACCGUCAACCACAGUGAGCACGACGUCAGCAAGUGACUUGAUUACGACACAGCAAAGUGUUUCCACCACCCACUCGGCAUCAACUGAGGCAAGGACGCCGUCAACCCCAUCGACCUCCACAUUAGUCGGAACGCAAGCCUUUACCAGCCCUGAUAGUACCGUUGCCUACACAACAGAGCCAGUUGUGCAAACCGGUCAGUUCUCUGGUGUCGUUCGAGUUGUCAACAGAACAUUUACAGAAGAUCUCCUCGACAAAAACAGCACUGAAUACGUUGUCAUUGCAAAUGACUUCUGUUCUACGAUGGAUGCGAUAUAUCGCAAUUCCAGCCAGGCGGAAACUUACAUCGGAUGCAUAGUCCUAGGCAUCAGGAACGGGAGCAUUGUAAUCGACUUCAAGCUUUUCUUUCGGGAAAAUGUUACCGCUAAGAAAACUGUUCCAACAGAAACAGAGGUCAAAGAAGUUAUCUUGGACAACGUGUACAAAGCGGAAGGCGUUCCCUUCAUAGGCCAAUUCCAGUUAGACGAAAACACAACUGUCGUCAUAGAACUUACUGUAGAGACCACUAUAAUGUCAGACGUCACUACAUUGGGCAUGACGUCACCGAGCUACUCCGAAACAACUGUUAACAUUGAUGGGGCCUCGUCAAGCCGUAGUGUGCCUUCCAUCGCACCUUAUUCGACGCUGCCUUCUACAAUACAACAAUACCUCACAAGUACAGCUGGCACUACCACAAGUACAGAUGCCACCUCCCUAAAAAGUAAAGAGGGCACUACUGUGGGUAGUUCAACAACAACCACGGAGGCCACUACCAUGGGAAUUUUAUCAACAAACACGGAGGGCACUACUGAGCGAAUUUCAUCAGCAAGCACGCAGGGCACUACCAUCACAAGUUCAUCAGCAAGUACGGAGGGCACUACCGUGGAAAGUGCAACAGCAAGCACGGAGAGCUCUACCAUGCGAAUUUCAUCAACAAGCACUGACGGCAUUACUGUGGAAAGUUUAGUAACAAGCACGGAGGGAACUACUAUUGGAAUUUCAUCAACAAGCACGAAGGGCACUACUGGGCGAAUUUCAUCAACAAGCAAAGAGAGCUCUACCAUCACAAGUUCAUCAGCAAGUACGGAGGGCACUACCGUGGAAAGUUCAUCAACAAGCACGGACGGCACUGCCAUGAGAAUUUUAUCAACAAGCACGGAAGGACUUACCAUGGGAAUUUCAUCAACAACCACAGAGGGCACUACCGUGGAAAGUUCAACAGCAAGUAGGGAGGGCUCUACCAUUGGAAUUUCAUCAACAAGAACUAAGCGCAUUUCUGUGGAAAGUUCAAUAACAAGCACGGAGGGCACUACCGUUGGAAUUUCAUCAACGAGCACGGAGGGCAUUACAGGGCGAAUUUCAUCAACAAGCAAAGAGAGCUCUACCAUCACAAGUUCAUCAGCAAAUACGGAGAGCACUACCGUGGAAAGUUCAACAGCAAGCACAAUGGGCACUACCAUGGGAAUUUCAUCAACAAGGACGGAUGGCACUACCGUGGAAAGUUCGACAGCAAGCACGGAGGGCACUAACCUGCAAAGUUCAUCAACAAGCAUGAAGAGCGCUACCAUUGGAGUUUCAUCAACAAGCACGGAGGGUACUACUAUUGAAAGUUCAACAAUAAGGUUGGAGGGCACUACUGUGGAAAGUUCAUCAGUAAACACGGAGAGCACUACCAUGGGAAUUUCAUCAGCGAGCAGACAGGGCACUGCCGUGGACAUAUUAUCAAGCACGGAGGGGACUACCGUGGAAAGUUCAUCAACAAGCACAGUUGGCACUACCAUGCAAAGUUACUCGGCAAGUACAGAUGACAAUUCCACAGGAAGCCUCUCUACAAACACAGACGUCACUACAAUAGAAAGGCUAUCUACAAGAAAAGUUAGCAUUACCACAAGAAGCCUCCCUACAAGAUCAGAUGGCACUACCUUGGAAGGAUCAUCGUCAAUAGCUGUUGGUACAACUACAGGAAUCCUCUCAACAAGCACAGACGGCACUACGAGGGAAAAGCCAUUUACAAGAGCAACUGGCACUUCCACAGGAAGCCCGUCUUCAAGCACAGGCGGAACUACAUUGGAGCGGUCAUCGACAAUAUCUUUUGGUACAACCACAGGAAGCCCCUCUUCAAGCUCAGACAAAACUACAUUGGAGGGGUCAUCGACAAUAUCUGCUGGUACAACCACAGGAAGCCCCUCUUCAAGCUCAGACAAAACUACAUUGGAGGGGUCAUCGACAAUAUCUGCUGGUACAACCACAGGAAGCCCCUCUUCAACCUCAGACAAAACUACAUUGGAGGGGUCAUCGACAAUAUCUGUCGGUACAACCACAGGAAGCCCCUCUUCAAGCUCAGACAAAACUACAUUGGAGGGGUCAUCGACAAUAUCUGUCGGUACAACCACAGGAAGCCCCUCUUCAAGCUCAGACAAAACUACAUUGGAGGGGUCAUCGACAAUAUCUGCUGGUACAACCACAGGAAGCCCCUCUUCAAGCUCAGACAAAACUACAUUGGAGGGGUCAUCGACAAUAUCUGUUGGUACAACCACAGGAAGCCCCUCUUCAAGCUCAGACAAAACUACAUUGGAGGGGUCAUCGACAAUAUCUGCUGGUACAACCACAGGAAGCCCCUAUUCAAGCUCAGACAAAACUACAUUGGAGGGGUCAUCGACAAUAUCUGCUGUUGGCUCUACCACAGAAAGUCUCUCUACAAAAAAAGAUGGCACUGUCAUGGAAGGGUCAUCAACUGGAAAAUGCAAGUAA